AUGGAUUUAAAGAUCAUACAACGCAAUGUCAGGACGAAAGCCUUACCUGUACUAAGACGGAUAACGAGCACAUCCGGUGUAGCUCUGAACACACUAUCCAACUUCUAUCAUUCGCAACCACCAGGAAGACGCGAGGAGGUGGGUAGUCCCACUCGAUUGGGUGUUAGUCAAAUGACGUUGAUCAGUAACACUCCUCGUGGCUCAAACUGUUCAAGCAUGCCGACAAUUGAGACCGACAUGCCGGACACCCCACGAAGGUCAUCUCCUCGUGUCUCGUUCCAAGACAACGUCUCAUACUGUUCACGACCGUCAUCGGAUUCGGCAAGACCGUCAUUUGGAUGGUCAAAAAGAGUAUCUUCGAUUCCAGAAGUGAGUUAUAAUGUUCUGUGAUA